UUGACAUCCGGUUCCUUUUCCCAAGCAUGGAGAGCAAUGGCGGCGCGGAGGCUUCUUCUUCGUCGGCCGAGAGGCUCUUGGGCCAAAGCCGGGAGUUCCUGGACUUCUUCUGGGAGAUCGCCAGGCCCGAGCAGGAGAGGCGCGUGGGGGGGACACAGGGACUCCUGGCACACCUCAAGGAGAGGCGGAAGGAUGGCGACCUGUUGAAAUACACGUUAAAGCGCCUGGUUGUGGGAUUGGGAGCCACGCGAGAGGCGUCCCGUCCAGGAUUCAGUUUGGCUUUGGCACAGGUUUUGCAAGGUUUCGAGGAGAUCUCCCUCCUCUCGGCUCUGGACGAAAUCAAAGAGAAAUACAGCCUUGGCAAAGUGAAGAAGAAGCUCUUCCGAAACGCUCUGUUUGGAAACUUCUUUGGAGUGUUGGCUCUGUUCCAGUCCGGACGCCUCGCAAAGGAGCCCAAGGCCCUCUCCGAGUGCGUCCAGCUCCUCCAAAGCCUUUCUGAGCAUCAUGCCCACCUGAAGGAUCUCCCCCGCAAGACACUGGCGGACAUUGUCGCCGAGAUCCCGGAAACCGUGUUCGAAGAGGUGCUCUUUGGUAUCUUGGAAGAUGAGCUCAGCGCUGCUUUCAGCACCCCGGGGCAGCUGUAUCUCUUGCUGGUGGGCAUCCAGAAGUUCCCAAGGGUCCUGGGUCCAGAAAAGCUGAAGGCGCUCCUGGGCACGUCGGCUGUCGUCACCGAGGAGAAUAUUCCCCGAUUGGUGGAGGUGUUGAAAAUGGCGGCCAAGACCGAACGCAAGGAUCGGGGCCUUCCAACCGUCGGCUUGGACUUGAUGAAGGUGGCCCUUCAGGAAGGCCGCUUUGAGCUGUUCUGGACGGACGUUGUCGAAAACGGGCUGCUCGCCGACCACGCCGGACCCUGCAGUUAUAUGUGCUACCGGUUGCUGGGCAGCGCUCUCCCGCUCUUAUCUCUCAAACAGCUCAAGAUGGUUCUUCAAGGGGAAGUCAUGCGACACUACGGGGUCCAUGUUGUGUCAACAAAGCUCCCCAACAGGUUUAAGUUUGCCCCCGAAAUGGAAGCCUUGGUGGGCUCGUUCCUCGAAGGCUGUGGCGACCCCAAGAAGCAGGUGGCCGUCAUGGUGGGCUUCUCCACCCUCACCAACCAUGGCUAUCCUGUCGUGCCCAGCUUCUGGAGGGUGGCCAGGCAUCUGCUUCCCGACGCCCUGCUCAGCUACAUCCAGUGGAUCAAGGGCAUGUUUCUGGCGCCGGACCUCGACUCCUGCGUGGAGUUUGCCACCAAGCGGCAGGAGCAGAACGAGAAGAAGACGGACACGGAAUUGACGGAGCACACCGUGACGCGGCUGAGGAAGUGGCUCAUUGCCCGUCUCGUUGGCAUCGCCGAGAAUCCACAGAUAAAGAGGGAAGAAGAGUUUGUGAUUGACAUUGCCAGGUUCUGCUUCUUCCAUGCGUUUUUCAAGACCAGGAAAACAACCUCCAAAAUACCAGAGACGGAAACCGUCCCCUCGGUGCCUCUGAAUGAGUCGACUCGUGCAGCGACUGCAGACUCAUUUUUCAGUUUGCUUCAGCACCUGAACACAAUGCCUGCCCUGGGAGACUCUGCCGAGGCCGAAGAGAUGCGGAAGAAGCACCUCCACGGCUUGGCUGCCAGCGGGGAGCCGUGGAUCUACGUGGCCGUCCAGUACGCCAACACUCUCCUCUCCGACAAGAAGCACGUCGAAGCCGUGACACCGUUCAGCGAAGAGGCCCAGUUCGCUUGGGACCGGAUGUUGCAGACGGUGGAAGCCCUCCGGAGGAGAGAGCAGAAGACCCUCACCUUGAAGACCACCGCCUUCCAGCACCUCUUGCUGCUGGUGGGCAUCCACCUCUUCAAGUCUCCUGCUGAGUGUGUGAGCCUCCUGAACGACCUCCAGAACUGCACCAAGAGAGCCUUUGGAGAGAAACCGAAAAAGAAGACUUCCGUUUCUGCCGACGGCGAAGAAGAGGAGCCCGAAUGGGUGGAGGUGAUUGUGGAGGUCCUCCUCUCCCUUCUGGCGCAGUCCAGCGCAUUGAUCCGGCGGGUCUGCAGAAGCGUGUAUGCGCUCGUGUGUCAGCACAUGACGGAGGCUGCCCUGCGGCUCAUUCUGGACGUUCUCGACCCACAGCAAGACCAGGAUGAAGAAAGCGCAGUUGUGGUUAUCGAAGAGGCCCAGAAGACGAAGAGGAAGUCUUUGCCAGAUGAGGAGAGCGACGAUGGGAUGAGCGGAGAGAGUUCCGCCGAGGAAGACAGCUCUGAGGAGGACAACGCUCCGGAGACAGAGAGCGAAGACGAGGGCGAGGCGGACGAGGCCUUCCGCUCCAUGCUGACCAACGUUUUGCAGGCUGGCAAUGCACUGGGAGGGGAUGACAGCGACGAUGACUUGGAUGACGAGACCAUGAUGUCCCUCGAUGGGAACCUCUCGGCUCUCUUUGCCGAGCAACGGAAGCGGGUCCAGGCCAAAAAGGACGAGAAGGAAAAAAUGCGGAAGGAGAAGAUCCUGCGGCGGGAGUUCAAAAUCAAGGUCCUGGACUUGGUGGAGGUGUUUCUGGCGAAGCAGCCGGAAAACCCCCUGGUCUUUCACGUCAUCGAGCCCCUCCUCUCCGUCAUCGAGCAGAGCAUGAGCUCCGACUCAGACAAGCAAGAGCAGGACUACCUCCGGAAGACAGCCGACAUCUUCACGAAUAGCUUGUGCAGAUCGAAGCAGUAUUGCAGAAAUGUCGGACCCAUCCGGGAGGAACUGCACGACCAGCUGGAAAGCCUGGUGAAAAGAGCCUGCAAGCAGCGCGACUCCACUGUCGCCCUGUACUGUUUCAGUGCCUCUUUGUACCUCUGCCGAGUGCUGAAGGGGAACGUGGCGACUCCCGAAGCGACACCAAAAAAGAAGCCGAAGAGCAGCGGAGGAAGUGAUGUGCCGGUUGCCCAGCCUCCUGCCGGCAGCCUGGAUCUGGAGCGAGCGGCCACCGCGUACAAGGAGGCCUUGAGCCUCUUCUUCAGCAAGCGCAAAAGCCCGCUGACGGGAUCCAUGUUCCUCGAUCUUUUCGAGCGGCACCCGGCCAUGUGCAAGCAGCUGAUCCCCACUGUGGUCAAGUCAAUCACGGAGGGAGCCCGGCAGCCCCAGCAGGCCCAGGCUUGCUUGCUUCUUCAGAAAGCUCUCCAGAUGCGCGAUUUCAAGCUCUCGCUGUCUGAAAAAGAGUGGGAAGAGCUGAUGAGAGACGGCACCCAGCAAGUCACCAAGACUUUGAAGGCCGUGGGCGAGUUCAAGAUCAAGGUGGACCAAGAAAAGGUCAUCCGGUGCCUGGAGCUAUUGAGUUGCCUCAUCAAAAUGGCCACUAAACAGGGCCCUGCUGUGGACCUGACCGAGCUGCCGGCCGUUUUGCGUGUCCUGGGGGAGCAGCCCGGCUUUGGGAAGUCCGCCCGGCUCACCGACCUCUACUGGCACGUCAUGAAGCUCCUGGGCUUUGCGCGUCCGGCAAAAGAGAAAGCCCCACCGAAGCCGGCGGUUGACCCUGAUCCGGCCCCGAAGAAGCAGAAGAAGAAGGGCUUCCUUCCGGCCACAAAGUUCCGCAAGAACCGCAAGAAGGCUGCGCCGGUCCCGUCCUGGGAGGAAGGCGCCGAGAGCGGGAGCAAGGAGGCCGUGGCGGGGAAAAAGAAGAGGAAGAAGAACCGAGGAGGAGGAGGAGGAGGAGAAGGCGAUGGACCCGACCGGGCUCCCCCGGCCAAGAAGUCUCCCUCCGAGUCCAAAGAGAACAAGGCCGGUCGGGGCAACAUCCUGGAAAAGAAGAGGAGGCUCAAGAAGAAGAAAGGGAAGAAAGCAGGGACGCCACCGGCAAGGAAGGGCCCGGUUUGAGCUUCGGGCGUGGAUACAGAAACUUCACUAACGCAGCCCCCCCUUCUGUGUACAUUUUACAGCAAGAGCGAUCCACGCGUCGUCGAUUUUUCGCAUUGUUUUCCAUGUUUCUUUUUUUUUAAAUUUAUUUUUCUUGUAUGGUUUUAAAGAUAAAAUAUGCUUUUAAUAUUGCGAUAUAUCUCUGUGUGAAUGUGUGUGUAUACAUACAUGCAUAUAUAUACGUGCGUCUGUACUAUUUUUAGGUGAAGUGACCAUCUGUGAUGUCACUGGGAUGGAUGAUGCUAGGUGAAGUGACCCUCUGAUGUCACUGGUGUGGAUGAUGCUAGGUGAAGUGAUCCUUUGAUGUCACUGGGACGGAUGUUGCUAGGUGAAGUGAUCCUAUGAUGUCACCUGGAUGGAUAUCUAGCUGAAGUGAUCCUCUGCUGUCACUGGGUUGGGUGUUGCUAGGUGAAGUGAUCCUCUGCUGUCACUGGGUUGGGUGUUGCUAGGUGAAGUGAUCCUCUGAUGUCACUGGGUUGGGUGUUGCUAGGUGAAGUGAUCCUCUGAUGUCACUGGGUUGGAUGUUGCUAGGUGAAGUGAUUCCCUGAUGUUGCUGGGACGGAUGUUGCUAGGUGAAGUGAUCCUCUGACUUCACUGGAUUGGGUGUUGCUAGGUGAAGUGACCCUUUAAUAUCACUGUGAUGGACGUUGCAAUGUGAAGUGACCUUCUGAUGUCACUGUGAUGAAUGCUGCUUGGUGGAGUGACCCUUUAAUGUCACUGUGAUGGACGUUGCUAGGUGAAGUGAUCCUCUGAUAUCACUGGGUUGGAUGUUGCUAGGUGAAGUGAUCCUACGAUGUCACUGGGGCGGAUGUCUCUAGGUGAAGUGAUCCUCUGAUGUCAGUGAGUCGGGUGUCGCUCAGUGGAGUUGAUCUUCUGAUGUCACUGGGACGGAGGUUGCUAGGUGAAGUGAUCCUCUGACUUCACUGGAUUGGGUGUUGCUAGGUGAAGUGACCCUUUAAUAUCACUGUGAUGGACGUUGCUAGGUGAAGUCAUCCUCUGACGUCACCGGGAUGGAUGUUGCUAGGUGAAGUGAUCCUAUGAUGUCACCUGGAUGGAUAUCUAGCUGAAGUGAUCCUCUGCUGUCACUGGGUUGGGUGUUGCUAGGUGAAGUGAUCCUCUGAUGUCACUGGGAUGGAUGUUGCUAGGUGAAGUCAUCCUCUGGCAUCACUGGGAUGGGAUGUUGCUAGGUGAAGUGAUCCUCUGACGUCACUGGGACGGACGUUGCUAGGUGAAGCGAUCCUCUGACGUCACUGGGAUGGAUGUCUCUAGAUGAAGUGUUCUUCUGAUGUCACUGAGUUGGGUGUUGCUCAGUGAAGUUGAUCUUUUGAUGUCACUGGGAUGGACUUUGCAAAGUGAAGUGACCCUCUGAUGUCACUGGGAUGGACGUUGCAAGGUGAAGUGAUUCUCUGAUGUCGCUGGGAUGGAUGGCUUUAGGUGAAGUGAUCCUCUGAUGUCACCGAGUUGGGUGCUGCGUAUGAUGGAACGUCACUCUUUUGGCAUGUUCCCCGCUGCGUGCUCACUCCUAGAGAGGUCUUCUCAGAGGUAAGACUUUCCGGUUCAAUUAACCCGUCUUCUUGCUAAAUUAUAAUUCUGAGUGUCCCUGGGGUUGCGACUCGGAUUCAAACCAGGCACGGCACAGGAUCGUCAUGUUUGGAACGGCAUCCUAACGAUCUCCCGCAGGACCCUCCGCUGUUCUCGCUGCAGGAAAUGCUGUCGGCACCACACGAGAGCCGUGCUUCAAAGCCUCCGCCACGCGGCGCCAACACAGGUAGGAAAAGCGAGUACGGAAGAAGCCAAAACAGAACCAACGAGUUUAAAUACUUCUCUUUAUUUCUCAUUUACUUAACCAUGUAUAUAUAUAUUUAUAUUUAUAGAUAUUUGACUUUAUUUUUUUCUUUUGAGGUCCAUCGUCCUUACUCUUGAAAAAUAAAAUAAGUUGUCGGUA